UUUGCCCCCACACCUGGUGCCAAGGGCCCUCUGGCUGACCACUCACAGGGGCGCCUGGCUUAGCCUGCCUCCUCUAGGUCCCAGAGCUCUGGAGAAAGAAUGUCCCGGUCCAGCUGCCUACGCACUGCCCUCCUCGGGGCUUCUGGAGGAGCUAAGCCCAUCUUGGGCCAUAGGGAGGGACUCGAUUGAACUGGAAGGCUGAGGUCAGCCCCCCACCCUGGCCUCAGCAGAUGACAAUGACAGCGUUCCUUGUUGCUCCCACCCUUAGAACACCCUUCGUGCCCAGAUGCCAGAGUAGCUACCCUGUCCCCUGCUCCCCAGCCCAGGGGCAGUCAAAGGAAGAGCAAUGGAGACCUGCUUGGGCAGGCUCUGGCUAUGUGUGAUGCUGCUUCUGCCUCUUCUUCAGCUCUGCCAGGAUCAGGAGCUGUUUGGACCUUCUCUUCAGACACCAUCAGAGGAGGACCAGGUUCCCGAGGGCCUCUGGGGACAUUGGGGCCGGUGGGCCCCCUGCUCCCAGCCUUGUGGGGUGGGGGUGCAGCGCAGAAGCCGAACAUGUGAACUGCACCCUGGCCUAUCCCUUCCUCCCCGACCCCCAAGACAUCCAGAAGCCCUCCGGCCCAGGGGUCGGGAUCAGGGCUCCAGACCCCAGACUCCCCGGGAUCCCCAGUCCCUGUACAGACCACCACCUAGGGGAAGGGGUGGCCCUCUUCAAGGUCCUGCAUCUCAACUGGGGAGAGAGAAGAUCCAAGAGACUCAAGGGGCCCAGAGGUCCCGGGUUCGAGACCCUAUCAAGCCAGGGAUGUUUGGUUAUGGGAGAGUGCCUUUUGCCUUACCGCUGCACCGGAGCCGCAGGCACCCCCGCAGACCCAGACCGGAGCAACCCAAGCACUCUACAGGGGAAGGGUCCCUUCCAUCCCAGCCUCUAAGCACAGAAGCGGCCCCUGCAGACCGCAGCCCUCAGACGCAGCUUCCCGAAAUGCAUGCCCAUCCCGGCUCCCCCCCAGCUGAAACUCCAAAGCCUGGAAGUACUCAGAUAGAGGUGCCCCCCAGAAGCGGUUCUGCUCCCUCUGACACGGGGAUCCCUUCACCCACGUCCUUCGUUGGAGACAGUAGGUCUUUCCAGGGAUCCCCUGGGCCACGGAUGCCAUCUUCCCAGGGUUGGAACAGUCCCCAGGGAGCAGAGCCACGCCCUCAUCCUUUCCCUUCUGUCCCCCGGAGUCGGAGUCGAGGCCAACAGAGCAGGGGGCCCUGGAGACCUCGAGGGAGUCCUCCCAGGUCCCCAGAAGGCUGGCUGCCUCUGACAAGAGACUCCAGCCCCCUCUGGAGCCUUUUUACUCCCGGUAGCCCUGUUCCAAAAUGCCCUGGGGAAAGCGAGCAACUGAGAGCAUGCAGUCAAGAGCUUUGCCCCCCUGAGCAGCCAGACCCCAGAGCCCUGCAGUGUGCCGCCUAUGACUCCCAGGAAUUCAUGGGCCAGCUGUACCAGUGGGAGCCCUUCACUGAAGUUCAGGGUUCCCAGCGCUGUGAACUGAACUGCCGCCCCCGUGGCUUCCGAUUCUAUGUCCGUCACACCGAAAAGGUUCAGGAUGGGACCCUGUGUCAGCCUGGAUCCCUAGAUAUUUGUGUCGCGGGUCGCUGCCUGAGCCCCGGCUGUGAUGGGAUCCUUGGCUCUGGCAGGCGUCCAGAUGGUUGUGGAGUCUGUGGAGGUGAUGGCUCUACCUGUCAGCUCGUUUCGGGAAACCUCACUGACCGAGGGGGCCCCUUGGGCUAUCAGAAGAUCCUGUGGAUCCCUGCGGGAGCCACCCAUCUUCAGAUUUCCCAGUUCCGACCCAGUUCUAAUUACCUCGCACUUCGAGGGCCUGGGGGCCGCUCCAUUAUCAACGGAAACUGGGCUGUGGAUCCUCCAGGGUCCUAUUCUGCCGUCGGGACUGUCUUCCAGUACAACCGUCCUCCUCGGGAGGAAGGCAAGGGGGAGAGUCUGUCAGCCGAAGGCCCCACCACCCAGCCCGUGGAUGUCUAUAUGAUCUUUCAAGAGGACAACCCAGGUGUUUCUUAUCAGUAUGUCAUCGCCUCCCCUCCUGCAGCCCUGGAGAGCCCCUCUGCCAAGCCUCCAGCCCUUCAACGUCAGCCUGAGAUGCUGAGGGGAGAGCCCCUACUUGCUCCAGCUCCCCGCCCAGUUCGGGCACCAGGCACCCUCCAGCGUCAGGUGCGGAUUCCCCAAGUACCUGCCCUGACUCAGGCCAGGACAUCCCUCGGGUCCGCUGGAUACUGGAAGCAAGUGGGGCAUUCCGAAUGUUCAGCAUCCUGCGGCAAAGGUGUUUGGCGCCCCGUUUUCCUCUGCAUUUCCCGUGAGUCAGGAGAGGAGUUGGAUGAACAGAGCUGUGCCACGGACGCCAGACCCCCAGCUUCCCCUGAACCCUGCCAUGGACCCCCGUGUCCCCCAUACUGGGAGGCUGGGGAGUGGACGUCCUGCAGCCGGUCCUGCGGCCUAGGCACCCAGCACCGCCAGCUGCUCUGCAGACAAGAAUUUGGAGGCGGUGGCUCCUCUGUGCCUCCAGAGCGUUGUGGGCAUCUCCCCCGGCCCAACAUCACCCAGCCUUGUCAGCUGCACCUCUGCGGCCACUGGGAGAUUAGAUCCCCCUGGAGCCAGUGCUCAGUGCGUUGUGGCCGUGGUCAGAGGAGCCGGCAAGUCCGGUGCGUGGGAAGCAACGGCGACGAAGUGAGCAAGCAGGAGUGUGCUUCCGGGCCUCCCCCACCACCCAGCAGAGAGGCCUGUGACAUGGGACCCUGUACCACAGCCUGGUUUCACAGCGACUGGAGUUCCAAGUGCUCAGCCGAGUGCGGGACAGGAAUCCAGAGGCGCUCUGUGGUCUGCCUUAGAAGUGGCGAGACCCUCCAGGGGGACCAGGAAGCAGGAGCAGGAAGCGGGGCUGAGCAGGGCUGCCCUCUCAGAAGCCGUCCUCCUGACAUGCGUGCCUGCAGCUUAGGGCCCUGUGAGAGGACAUGGCGCUGGUACACAGGGCCCUGGAGUGAGUGUUCCUCGGAGUGUGGAUCUGGCACGCAGCACAGAGACAUCAUCUGCGUGUCUAAACUGGGAGCCGAGUUCAAUGUGACUUCUCCCAGCGACUGUUCCCACCUACCCAGGCCCCCUGCGCUGCAGCCCUGUCAGGGGCAGGCCUGUGAGGACCGAUGGUUUUCGACUCUCUGGAGUCCGUGUUCUCGCUCCUGCGAGGGAGGCACGCAGACACGGGAAGUCCAGUGCCUGAGUGCCAACCACACUCUCAGCGCCCGAUGCUCUCCUCACCUGCGACCUUCCCGAAAGCGGGCCUGUAACAGCCAGCCCUGCCACCAGCGCCCGGAUGACCAAUGCAAGGACAACUCUCUACACUGCCCCCUGGUGGUGCAGGCCCGGCUCUGCGUCUACCCCUACUACACAGCUACCUGCUGCCGCUCUUGCGCCCACGUCCUGGAGCGGUCCCAGCUGGAGCCUGCUUGAAAUGGGUCCAAGAGAUCCUUCUCUUCACGGUUUCUUACGCUAGCACUGGGCACCCACUGACGAACCCACUCUGUAUCCUCUGGCUUCUCACCUGGUCUCAGUGUCACCAGAGAUGUCUGCCCUCCACUGUGAGAGGAUAAGGGGACUGUUCACCUGCUGUUGGGUUUGCUCUAUAGCAUGACGCCCCGAGGUGUGAACCUGGCCUACCUGGGUGUCUGCCCCUGCGUAUGUGCCACUUCCCCAAAAGCAGACUGGGGAAGAGUGGGAAGUGGGCAACGCUUGUUUCCCGGAUGCUUUCUGGGCUGAGGAGGAUCAGGGUUACCUCUCCACACUAGUCUGAGCUACUUAAAGUGUGCCCCACAAGUUCCAGUGUGUGUCCCAAUCCCGAUUUCCAGGUCAGGUCUCACACCUGAGCUACCCUGCUGCCCCCCCCCCACUUAUCUAGCCUCUGUAUCCCUACCUCCCCAUCAGCUAGGGGACCCUUGCUACCCCACCCUGCCCAGGAAGGACCAGGCCUCUCCAGAGCAGGGACCAGUUGUGAAGAGGAUGAAAAAGAGAGCUGUCAGUAUAAGACACCCUAGCCCCCGCCCCCACUUCACACAGAAAGUGAUGCCCAUCCCAGAACUAAUUUAUUUUUUAUUAAAGUUGACUGUGACAAAUGA